AUGUUCCGCUUGACGCGAUGCCGGAAGUACGUUGUUGAUUUCCGUAGUGGUGCGCGAGAGUGGCGAAGCCGUUGGACGGAACGCGGGAAUAAUCGCGAUCAACCGGCCGUUACGGAAGUGUUCGUGGUUCCGUUUUGGAAGAAAAAGUUCGUGACAAGAUAUUUGCGACCGCGGAAAGAUACUCGUGACAUGAUCCAUGCUCGACGAUGGACGACAGCCUUGAUCGAAAGCGUGGUUCCUCGUGAUAUGGCGUCCGGACUGAUCGAUCACUGCUCCGGCUCCAGCAAGACACUCUGUCCGAGUUUUGUCUUCUGUGCCGUCGUUUAA